UUCAAUUGAUUCCUAAGCUGCUAGUUGAACGGAGUUUUCCUUCUCUAUAAUCUCCUCUCGUACCAGUAUUAUUAAUAAGCAUGGCGGAACGAAAAGUAGCUCUACUCUCUGGAUGUACGGGGCAGGUAAACAAAAAUCUACAAUCAGUUCUAAAAAAAUUCAAAUUUAUACCUAACAUUUCGUGAAGACUUGAACGUGUCGCACUCGCAUUGUCUCUUUUUCGUUUGCCACGUAGACAAAUAAGUGAAUAUUCAAAUUGAGAUUUGCCGUUUUGUAAGAACCUACGGGCUACGGCUCUCUUUUGGGUUGUUUUAAAAUUCUAUUUUUUGCAUACACAAUUUAAAAAUGAAAAAUAUGCGAGGUAAUAUUUUCGAUGUAGAUUGUCCUAAUUUUGUCAACGAUCACUUUUUUAAAACAAAUUUAUUUGCACCAAAUAAGAUUUUUUGGGCGUGUACGUGUUUUUAGAAAUCAUUUCGCAACCAAGUUCGACUGGCAACACGGUACUCGAAUGACAGUUCGUCGUCUGUUAUAUUUUUUAAAACUAUAGUCGUUGUACUGUACGUGUAAAGUUUCUUAUCACUGGUUAGUCAUGGCUAGUCAGUUUGUCGAUAAGAAAAUUGCGUUAAUCACGGGAAUUACUGGCCAGGAUGGAUCUUAUUUGGCUGAGUUUCUCUUAGCUAAGGGCUAUCAAGUUCAUGGGAUAUUGAGAAGGUCCAGCUCAUUCAACACGGGUAGAAUCCAGCACCUGUAUGCCGACACGAACACCCAUCGCGAAGGGUCAAUGCAUUUGCACUAUGGUGACUUGACUGACAGUUCAUGUUUAGUCAAGAUUAUUGCCGAAGUCAAGCCCACUGAAAUCUAUAACUUGGGAGCUCAGAGCCAUGUCAAAGUAUCUUUUGAUUUGGCUGAAUAUACCGCCAAUGUUGAUGCUUUGGGAACAUUACGAAUUCUUGAUGCUGUCCGGACUUGUGGUCUUGAAAAGUCUGUUAAAUUCUACCAAGCUUCUACGUCAGAGCUUUAUGGAAAAGUUCAAGAAGUUCCUCAGAAUGAAAAAACCCCUUUUUAUCCUAGAUCUCCAUAUGGUGUUGCUAAGCUUUAUGCCUAUUGGAUCGUAACUAAUUACCGAGAGGCUUACAACAUGUUCGCUUGUAAUGGUAUUCUCUUCAACCAUGAAAGUCCUCGUCGUGGUGAGACCUUCGUAACCAGAAAGAUCACACGUUCUGUCGCCAAGAUUUCAUUAGGUCAGAUGGAACAUUUUGAGCUUGGAAAUCUCGACUCCAAAAGAGAUUGGGGUCACGCCAGAGAUUAUGUCGAAGCUAUGUGGCUCAUGCUCCAACAGGAGAGUCCUGAGGAUUUUGUCAUUUCGACAGGAGAGAUGCACAGUGUACGAGAAUUUGUUGAAAUGUCCUUUAGCCAUAUCAACAAAACAAUCAGGUGGGAAGGAAAGGCAGAGGAGGAAGUGGGCAUUGAAGUAGAAUCCGGAAAGGUCCGAGUUAAGAUUAACAAGAAAUAUUAUCGUCCUACCGAAGUCGAUCUUCUUUUGGGUGAUUCAUCCAAAGCAAGCAAAAUUCUUGGUUGGAAGCCCAGCGUGUCGUUUCCGGACUUAGUCAAAGACAUGAUGGAAUCUGACUUGGAGUUGAUGAAGAAAAACCCAGCAGCUUGAUCAUAAAGUUCUGUCAGUGCUAUUACUAAUCAAUUAUUUUUACCACCGGUUUAUUUACAAAUUUAAUCAUUCCGUGUGUGUGGGUUUUCUGGAAAUAAAUUUUUUGUAUGGUACUGUUUUAGCCAGUCCAUUUGCAAUAAAAAAUACUUGAGAAAUA